GUUGUCAGAGUCACUGACUGAUCCCACGUAUGAUAAUAAUAAUUAAUUUUUUCAUAAAUAUGAUUACGUUUUAAAGCAACAGCCUGUAUCCAAAGGGGGUAAAUUGGACAGAGUGGUUUUAACACCCUCUGGUGUCCGUGAAUUCUCAUUGUCCGUGAAGGCAACAACUCAUCUGCUAACGAGUGCUAGGGAGAAAGCGUCACCAAACGAAGGACACUUAGGGAUUGUGUUCAAAGCUUGCUUUACAAGCGUUGCCCCUUUUAUUCUGCUCAACAUGCUCAAUCCGCAGAGAUCCCUGUCCGAACUCCCCAAGAUGUCGUCUGCCAAUCAAGUGGAAAGAGCAGUUCUGGAGGAGGAAUUCAACUGGCUUCUUAAAGAAGAAGUACAUGCUGUUCUUAAGCAGCUGCAGGAUGUCCUCAAGGAGGCUUCAAGACGUUUCACCAUGCUGACGCCUGGCCUGGAGAGUCAGCUCAAACAGGAAAAUUUCAUCCUGGGCAGCUCAACCAUGGAUCAGGUGAAAGGAGUGCUGACACUACAGGGAGAAGCUCUGACUCAAGCGGACAUCAAUUUAAAGGUUGCAAAGAGUAGUCAAGUACUACACUUUCAGUUUAGGGAGGACAAGCAGUGGAAACUCCAGCAGAUCCAGGAUGCACGAAACCAUGUCACACAGGCUCUUCAGUUGUUAAGCAGCCAUGAUGAGAAUUAUGACUUCAAAACAGGGGCAGAAGUGAACAAGCUAAUGGACGCUGUGAUGCUCCAGCUGACACGCGCACGAAACCGCCUAACCACCCCAGCGUCCAUGACACUGCCUGAAUUGGCCACUAGUGGGUUGAUGAAAAUGUUCACUCCUCCCAUGCCUGGUGACGUAAUGGUGAAUUUUUACAUCAACUUGAGCAAACUGUGUCUCACCGUCUAUCAGCUUCACGUCCUGCCUCCCAACACCACCAAGAAUUUCAAACCAUCCGGAAGCUCUGUGCUGCACAAUCCCGGGGCCAUGUUUGAGCUCAACAACAACCGGUUUGAGGUGAGCCACGUGCACAAGGUGGAGUGUGUCGUCCCCUGGCUCAACGAUACGCUGGUGUUUUUCACCAUUUCACUACAACUUUGUCAGCAGCUCAAAGACAAGAUUUCUGUCUUUUCCAGUUUUUGGAACUACCGACCUUUCUAAUCACCUCACAGUCAAUGUCUGACUUAAACAACCACACAAGUGUGAUGGACAUGCUCUUAUUUAUUGGUAGCUAUUCUCAAGCCAGUUUCAAGUGUUGCAUGGUCGUCAGAAGCCAGUUAGACACGACAAACGUGUUUGCCGCUUUCAUUUUGUGACCGACAUUCCUCUGUUUUGCAUUUCACAGGUUCUUGAAUGUAUGUUUUUAUUUGAGUUAUUUUUUAUGUUCAAGCAAUGUUGCAAGUAUCGAUCAUUUUGUACUUUCCUGUUGUUGUUUUUUUUGGGAGGGGGGGUAAACGCUAAUCUUGGCACUCAGGCGAAAAUAGUGCAAAGGGAGACAGGUUAUGGAAUGUUCAUUUCCAUUCACAGAGAUAUAAAUUUAAAUGUUCAUUAUUGUGCAUUGGCAGCAGUCACAAUCCAGCUUUACAUUUACACUAAAGAGUGCAAUAAAACUGGAAUAGAUUGUGAGAUGUUUGCAACCAUUACCAGGACAACAUGCACCACCAAUAUUUUGGGUCUAAUACAAGUAGUGUAUAUCUGCGCUGAUUAAUUGGUGUGUCCGUUUUACUCCCAAAUUAGUGGUGCAAAUUUUGAAAAUUGUGGCUGUGAAUACUAAAACAGCAUUAAGAUCAGCAUGUCUUUUGUUAAUCACCCGAUUGGGUGUCAUUCAUCACAUUCCUGUUUAAAUAAGCUAAUCAGUUCUGAAUAUAUUUAUUGAAAUGUUUUGCACAUAUAUUGUUGAUUCCCUGUGAACGAAAAACUUUUUAAAAAGGCUUUUGUCCCAGCAGCCAUUUGGACAUGUCACGAAGGAUUUCAUAGGUGUCAUUGGUCACAUACUAAAAAUGGUGUUAAAAAUCCCAAACAUAUCAUUAAAAAAAAAUUGUUUCUCGCGCUUGACAGACAGCAACACGUAUUUUUCACCUACAGUGUCAAAAUGGCUUCUAGGCUAAAUGUCCUUUUAUGAACAAAAUGAUUCCAGUAAGUGUUAUUUACUUAGAAAAUAAUGAUUUGAAUAUAGAAUUUAUUUAUCUGUGCAAUAAAGAGUACAUGUACGAUCAUCAAA